AUGAAGUUCACCCGAUUCACCCUUUCCCUGGCUCUGACCAGUAUGGUGUCUGCCGCCGCCAUUCCUGCCCUCCCAGGUGCUGAUGGCGUCGUUGGUGGACUCGGGGGCGCCGCAGAGGGUGUUGUCGCUGGCGUCGCUGGCGGCCACCUAAAGCGUCAGACUCAAGUCCUUGACCCUGUUCAUGAGGAGGUGACGAAUGCAAACAUUGACAAUAUCGAGCAUGUUGCAGUAAACACGUUGGGUGGUUUCAAGCGUCAGGUUUUUGGGGUCGACACUAUCAAACAUGAUCUUGACAACGACCUUGCCCCUCAUCUCAAGCGCCAGCUGGAGGCGGUUCAGCCGGUUACCGAGGGCGUUGCGAGCUCGUUGAACGGUGUCACCGGUAUCGCUGGUAGCGCUGUUGGAACCGCCGAGAGCACUGGUCAGGGUGCCGUUGGUACUGUUGAGAGCACUGUUGCUGGUGCGGCACACGUCAAGCGUGAGCUCCCUGGCGUUGGUACUGUAAAGCAGACUCUUUCUGAUACACUUGGACAUGCCGUCAAACGUCAGCUGGAGGUGGUUCAGCCCGUCACUGAAGGCGUUGCUAGCUCCCUGAAUGGAGGCACCGGUAUUAUCGGGAGCGCUGCAGGCACCGGUAUUAUCGGGAGCGCUGCAGGCACCGCUGAGAGCACUGGCCAAGGUGCUGUCGGUACUGCUGAGAGCACUGUUGCUGGUGCCGGACAUCUUAAGCGCCAACUCGAGGCCGUUCAGCCCGUCACUGAAGGCGUCGCCAGCUCGUUGAACGGUGGCACUGGUAUUAUUGGCAGCGCUGCAGGCACUGCCGAGAGCACUGGCCAGGGCGCGGUUGGCACUGUUGAGAGCACCGUCGCCGGUCUUGGAUCCGUUGCCAAGCGUCAACUCGGUAACCUUCCCGCUACUGCCUCUCAAACCGGUACUGACAUCAUGGCUGGCCUCUCUGGAAACCCCAGCGGCAUCUAUGGUGCUCUCGCCAACCUCCAGAUGCUUGUCAAUGCCGGCAAGAUUUCUCCCAGUGAUAUUUCCAACAUGCCCGCUGCUGUCCAGCGUGUCAUUGCCAAUCUUGCUGUCGCAUAA